AUGUCCGUGCGUUUCAGGAUGGGAGGCGGUGACGGCCGGCUGCCGCCGGGCUUCCGUUUCCGGCCCACCGACGAGGAGCUGCUCACGCACUACCUCGCCCCGAAGGCGGCCGACGCCGGCUUCGCCCCCGCCGCUGUCCGCGAGGUCGAUCUCUACAGGUCCCAGCCAUGGGACCUGCUGCCGGCCGCCGGAGGAGGCGGCGGCUGCUGCUACUUCUUCUGCAGGAGGAGCGUCAAGUUCCCGUCCGGCCUCAGGACCAACCGGGCCACGCGGGCCGGGUACUGGAAGUCCACGGGGAAGGACAAGGUGGUGACGCGCCAGCACGGCGGCGGCAGCAUCGACAGCGGCCGCGGCGAACCGCUGGGGCUGAAGAAGACGCUCGUGUUCUACAGGGGCCGCGCGCCCACCGGGGAGAAGACCAACUGGGUCAUGCACGAGUACCGGCUGGUGCAAGGCCAUGGAUACACAUCUCCUAUGCUUGCAACAGGAUCACAAAGUGAGUGGGUGAUUUGCAGGAUGUUCAUGAGGAAGGCACCAGGUGAAAAGAGCCUGCUGGAGGAGGAGACAGUUCCUCACUCUCCUCUGAAUAAUGGUCAUCUGCAGCCGUCAUUCGACGGUUGCAACGGCGGCAAGACGACGACGGCGGUUGGGGAGGCCUCCAACCCCGAGCACGCGAACUGCUUCUCCGAUGCUCUCGCAAUCGCGCCGGCUGAUCGUCAUCACGAGACGGCAUGUCAGGGUGCGCUGCAGCUGAACCGUGAGGCGGAGUUGCUGAUGAACUGCUCGGCGUCGGACUAUGCAUCGGCAGCGGCGCCAGCAUCAGAAUUGCAACAGCAAGCAACGCUGCUCCUUGACGAGCUGAGCUCAGACUGCUUCGACGAUCUGCUGCCGCAGCUGCUCGACUACGAGGGCCUCCCCUUCCUUCAGGACUUCUGA